GCUAGCACAACGGCCUCACGCAUCCAAGCUAAUUGGCUUGGAGCUGUCACUGUUCAAGCUGCAGGCCAUGAACCCAAAUCUCCAUAUUUAGCGUCGGGCUUGAUGUUGCUAUCCGUACAUGAGUUGUGUACUGUAUGUACAGCCUGGCGGGCGCUCCAAGCCUCUAAUUCCAUCUCUUACGGCCAACGCGCCACACAAGCCUGGAAGUCCCUAGAUGGUGUGAGACUCCCCCACACAACGACAGACACGACACCAGCUUUCCUGCCAGGCCUGCCUCCAGCGACAACGUCAGUGCAAAAUGCCCCUUGCCGAUCCCUGGCCGCUCCAGCAUUAGCACAAGGUAUGGUACAGUGUACUGGCGAAGGCAGGUACUUUGGAAAGUACUUCCUUCCGGGCAAGCUUAGUACGUACAGUAGCACAACUGGCUCUUCGGCUUGCUGGGGCUGGGGACUUUGCAGGCCCGGGGUCGUCCCUGCUCUUUUCUUCGUCAGUGACCAAAUGUCGCCUCGAGAUUUUGAUGCGACCAUUCCUCAGUCUCUGUGCUCUGUUAAGUACCUCCGAAAAGAGUCAUCGAUCGUCCAGUGCGUUGGUUCGUGUCCCUUUUCCCCUCGACAACCUACUUGCUCUGCCCAUUGUACUCUUAUUUCUAUUCGCAGUUCUAAACGACUAAGAACUCCACCUUGCACAUCCCUCGUGCCUGUCAUUUAUUUAGGUGUGGUUUGUUUAAACCAAGCAGAGGAACUCCCAUACUAUCUACAAGCUGGUUCCCUGUCGGCCAUGCCUUUACAUCUGCCCCAUUUCUCAUAAUUUCCCGGCCCCGUCUGCUGCACCACGAUUAGAUUUCAACAUUUAGUAUCCCCGGGCUGCCUUCACUCACCAUAUCCACGUCGCACACACACAGAAACCAUUCGAGUGACAAGGCAGAAACACCGAUCACACAACAAUAAAUAUACAAACGUUCCCAACCUCGGUACUCCUCAACUACUGGUCACGGCGCAAAUAUCACGAGUCACGGCAACUUUGGUAAUCUAACUCGACGAGAGUGCCUGGAGCCU